GCCACCAAAUAUCCACCCGCUAAUACAGGGGCUCAUUUAUUCUCCCUUGAGAAAAAAUGAAAAAUAAUAAUAAUAAUAAAAACUAAAUCGUUAUGAUGAGGGAUAAGGAUUUUGCAAAUGACCAGUGCGUUCACUAAUACCUGACAAAGUUCCUCAAUUACAGCCACUUUUCUGCAAUGUUUUCAUUACAAACGUAUACACUUUGCUUGCUAUAAGCACUCAUUUGUACAUGGCAACCCUGUUUCAACAACAUAAUAUUAUUUUUCUGCCUAGCUUGUGAUUACAGUCUGUUGAGUACGAACUUGAUAGCAAAUGCAAGAUAUUGAGCUAGUCCCUUGCUUCAGUGCUGCGACAUUUCUCCUUUCAAAUGACGGAAGCAGUUAUACAAAAGAAAAAUUGCUACUAGCUAUGAAAUCAAAUUGAGCUUACUCGGUCAAUGUUCUUGAUCCGUACAAUUCAGUGGACUGUCAUAGAUAAAUUUGAAGUUCUUGCAGCUGAAGAAGCCCGUAGAGGCAAAUCAGUCACAUGAUAGCUCACAGUGUUUGAAGCUGUAGGUUUCAUGGCCAGAAAAAGUAACUUGCGUGGUAAUGGUCCUGAAAAGAAUGCCUCAGUAGAUAUAGUUGCAUCUCCAGAAUCAGCUGACACACCCUUCAAAAAGAAGGGCUUGAAGCCUGAAACUUCAGUUAUAUCUGAGAGUUCUGGUUUUAACAAAGAGAAUGGUCAGAAUAGUGAAUGUCGAGGAAAACAAAAUGGUAGUUCUAGAAAUAAAUCACACAAGGGUGGAGGUUCAGAGAAUGGUAAAAAGGGUUCAGGACACACAGAUGCCAAUACAAAUAAAGGAAGGCCUGCAAUGUCUAGGGGAUCAGGGGCAAAAGCGCCUUAUUCUAUGUCAAAAGGGGUAAGUAGUUCUGGAGAAGUUGGAGGGCGAGAACCUGUUGCAAAUUCAGAUGGAAGCACUGUUGGCGAGCCUGUGGAACAUGUUGAGAGGAUGACAAAUGUAGAAAGUUGUGGCCCAGAUAUUGCUACCCAAUCUACUAGUUCGUCACACUCAGGGAUUGAAGAAAACAUAGUCAAUGGGAUAAGUGGAAGCUCCGAACAUACAAAUGGCAAUGAAGAUAGAAAAAUUAGAGUUUCACAGGCUUACAUCUGGUUCAAGCAAGCUUCAGAGUGGAUCCAACAGCAAAAGCCCAUAUUAAUAGCAUUGUCUGCAAGUGCUUUUCAAGCAAAAGACUUUGUGAUCUCUUGGGUUCAUCAUACAUGGCCCAUAGUUUCUUCAUGGCUUCUGCAUUUUGGAAAGUUAUCCUUACUAUUUCUUGUGUUGUGGCUGGACUGUAGUCUCAGGGGUCUUGGCUCUGUAAUUCGUUUGGGCACAACUUCCUUCUUUGUUGUUAUUUGGUGCAGUUUUCUUAGUGUCAUUGCAAUGGCAGGAUUUUUCAGUGUUUUGUUGAGUUUGGCUGCAGUGUGUGUAGUAGCAUUUUUUGUUGGUUACACCGCUGCAAUUUCAAUAACAGCUGUUUUGGGGGCUCUGGUUCUAUGGAUGCAUGGCAGCUUUUGGAUGACAGGUUCAGUGAUGAUAAUUGCAGGUAUCAUUUUUGCUCUGAACCGUGAACACAUAGCCUUAUUAAUCACAAUUCUGUAUUCCAUCUAUUGUGCUAAAUGUCAUGUUGGAUGGCUUGGCAUCAUUAUCUCUAUGAACCUGGCCUUCAUAUCUGGUGACAUAUUGAUUUACAUUCUGAAGAGUGGUGCAAAUGAAAGUAAGGGGAAAGGUUUUGCUCAACAAACGGGUGCAACUAAUGGUGGUACAAGAAGUUCCGCUAAUGGUUCUGGAUUUGGUGGUUCAAGCGAACAAGGCAAUUUUGCUUCUUAUAGGUCUUUUGGAGAAAGCUCUCAGAGCAGCCAGUCUGUGGAUAGCCAUGCAAGUCCUUCAACUAGUGGAUUGGGUGGAGGAGAUCUUACUUCUGAAGAAGAGGUGAUCCGACUUUUGGAUAGCCCUGACCAUUAUGCUGUGCUGGGUUUUUCUCGUUAUGACAAUAUAGAUGUUGCUGUCCUGAAGCGAGAAUACAGGAAAAAGGCAAUGCUGGUUCAUCCUGACAAAAAUAUGGGCAAUGUAAAAGCAGAGGAAGCAUUCAAGAAACUCCAAAAUGCAUAUGAGGUCUUAUUAGAUUCUGUUAAGAGGAAAGUUUAUGAUGAGGAUUUGAGAAGGGAGGAGCUUAUCAGCUACUUCCGUAGAUUUCAAAGUGGUGCUCAGAGAAAUGGCAGAUAUGGUCCUUUUAAGCAUGGGUAUGGUAAUUUUGAAGACAAUGGAGGAGAACAUCCACCGGAGUCGAGAAGAAUAACUUGCAAGAAGUGCAAUGGUUCACAUGUUUGGAUACAGACUGAAAGGACCAAAUCACAGGCUAGGUGGUGUCAGGAGUGCCAAGACUACCAUCAAGCAAAAGAUGGAGAUGGAUGGGUUGAACAAAGUGGCCAGAGCUUUUUGUUCGGGAUGCUUAGAAAGGUGGAUGUACCACAUGCAUAUGCCUGUGUCGAAGGUAAAAUAUAUGAUGCAACUGAGUGGCUUGUGUGUCAGGGAAUGAAGUGCCCACCAAACACACAUAAACCCACUUUCCAUGUCAAUACUACAAUGGCUGGGAAAAAUACUGGUCGUGGAGGUGGUUCAACCUAUAAGGCUGGUACCAGUGGGGGAGUACCUACAAACCUAGAAGAAAAUAUGACGGAAGAAGAGUUUUUUGAGUGGCUGCAAAAUGCUGUGGCCUCUGGGAUGUUUGACAAUGGUAGCGGAGUGCCAGAAAAUGCAGGCACAAAAAGUGGGAAUCAUGCGAAAAAUAACAAGAAAAAAAGAAAGGGCAAGAAACAAUGCAGUGCCUAUGAUGUUGCUUAGGCUGCACAUGCCGUUGCGAGCAUGGUCAUGUGCUGGAUUGCUGAAGAAACCUUUAUCAUUUCCUUUGACAACUUGAUUUGAUAGGUUCUAAAUUCGAUGCAAUUUUGUUCGCUUUAAAAUGGAUCCACACAUUGUGAUCAUUCAUCGUGUUGGCUCAAUAUAGGAAAUUCACAUCAUGACGUGAAUUUGUUUUUUAUCUUAAGCAGUGCCUAUGAUGUUGCUUAGGCUGCACAUGCCGUUGCGAGCAUGGUCAUGUGCUGGAUUGCUGAAGAAACCUUUAUCAUUUCCUUUGACAAUUUGAUUUGAUAGGUUCUAAAUUUGAUCCUUAACUCAUCUUUAUUUUUGUCAGAGGAAGAAUCAUUCCUUAAAAAGUAUUGUGGAUCUAAAUUUGUUCA